CACAAUUUUCAAAUUUUUAUAGAAUCUCUUUCACGCCUACGCUAACACUUGCACUUACGUCUGAAGUACAUACAUUGAUAGUUAAUGCAUAAAAAUGCAUCGCACAAUCUUAGAUAAGGGUUGAAUAAUUCGGAUUCAUCUCUUCCAUUAAUUAAUAUUUUCGAAUGAUAUUUGGAAUUCAUCGUUUUAUUCAUAAUGAGACCGUUGAAAUAUUUAUUUAUAUACUGCAUUUACCUCGUACUUGUGUGAAUAGCCAUACGAAAUCAUCGAUCAAAUACUUAAUUUCGUGUUUCAUUACGAUGGAACUAGAUCUAUUUCGUGCCAAUUCUUCAUUGAUUCUGUGCUGUUAUUUCGAGCUUGUGAAAAUGCCUAAACUCUUCAGUGAAGCAGAACAAAUAGACUGCUUUAUCGAUUAUUCUGAAAGUUGUUUAUGUAUAUACACGUAGGAUUACCAUUAACCAAUAAGAAAAAAGUGGAAAUUGAAUUUUAACAGUUGUCUGGAAGUUAAUGCAUCAUGAAUUUUCACCGAUCAGAUAAUAAUUUCAAAAGAUCCUGAAAAAACUCAAUGAGAGAGCGAGUUUUUCCCAGACCUUUCGAUUUUCAUCUUCUUCUUCUUGUAUAAAAUCACAAAAAUCAUGCCUGGAGAUUGAGUGAUCUGGUUUAUGUAUUCAACGCUCGAUUGGAGUUUCUUGUAAAUAUAAAAAUUCAGAAUAAAGAUACAUGAAUAUUUAUUCAAUAAUUUUUCCAUUAUGAUUUACUUCAUGAUUUAUUAUGUUUUGCAAGCAGUGCCCAAAGAGUCUUGUAGAGAUUGAAUUCAUUUUUUCCCAGCAUUCUUGAAAUACCUCACAUACCAGUACAGGUCUAUGCAGUGUUGGCUUAUGAUUCCCCUCACGCGUUAUCAGUAUCAACAAAGCCAAACACUUGGUACGAAGGACCAAAAAUCGUCAUAAAACCAGUGCAAAUGCGUGUUGACGAGAUAAAAAUUGGAGUAUCCCCGAAAAAUAGUGAAAAAACUGGAGAAAUUCCAAGAAAUUCUCCCCGAAAAAUUAUCACUCAAAUGAGAGGUUAGAAAGUGUUAAAAGAGCUGCGAAGUACUUAGAGCACUUAGAGUAUUCAAUUAUAAUCACAGACAUUCCCAAUGUCCUCGAAAAUCGAGAGCCUGUGGAGACAAGCGAUGAAGACAUUCGCUGGACAUCGAGGCAGUGGAUUCAAACUCUGUCAGAAGAACUUGGAGAAACUCAGGCUCCUGAUGAACGAGAUAACAUCUGAUGACGUUAAGGUCGACAAAAAAGUGCUUGAAUAUGUGGAGAACCAGAGGGCCCCUAUGUGUGUCAUCGACAUCUUCGAGAAUCAAGAUAUUACGAUAGCGAUUUUUUUGCUGAAGCAUGGUGUGACCUUGCCCAUGCAUGAUCACCCUGGAAUGCACGGAUUGCUCAAGGUGAUAAAUGGAACAGUAAAGAUCGAUAGCGUCACAACGCAGAUUCCACAAGGACGAGUAAUCCAGCUGGACGAGGAGCUGACAGCCUUGCGACAUGCAUCCCAGAUCGUCCAGGCGAAUGAUCCUGCUUGUGUCCUCACCCCUCACGACCACAAUUUCCACGAAAUCAGCUGUUUGAAGGGGCCAGCAGCCUUCCUGGACAUUCUCAGCCCCCCCUACGACGUUGACCUUGACGAGCGACAGAGGAGCAUACGACCCUGCACAUUCUUCCGGCAAAUCGCUCAAGAGCAGACUAAUGGGCCAGAAGGAGCACCAGUCAAAGUUAGACUUCUAGCUGUGGUCCAGCCUCCUCUAUUCUACUCCACAAAUCUUAAAUAUUUGGGCCCACCCUUGAGAUGAUUCUCUCCACUCAGGGCUCUAUGUAUUUUGUCAUGAUGAAUUCCCAAAGGAUUAAUUAAUAGGAAUUUUUAUAUCUCUUACUGGAGAUUUGCAUUCAAUCGCUCUUAUUUAUCCGAUAGAUUCGGUUGGCUAAUAUUUAUUUCAGAGUAUAGACGACUUUUUACCUUUGCUCGUCAUCCUCCGACAUAUUUGAGAUCAAUUCGUCGUGUGAAAAACUAAACCCCGGGAAUCACCGAUUUAUGACACAACAAAAUAAUCUCGUGACUGUAAUUUCAUCUAUUUCAAUAAUCAGAAAUUUACCUUCACUCUUCCAAGAAUCUCGGAAUAAAUGAGAACACCGGGG